AUGGGUACGUUCGGGUCCCAGACCAGCACUUAUAACAAACUGGUCGCUAUUUUCGUCGCUGUCGGUUCAAUGACCUAUGGCUAUUGCUCCUCAAUCAUCUCCAGUACGAUCGGUCAACCCGGGUGGUAUACCUACUUCAACCUUCCACAAGAGGGUGAACCGGGAUAUGCUACCAUUACGACCCCAGCCAUUUCCACCGCCAAUGGCGUUUUCAGUGCUGGGGGUGCUGUUGGCACAUUAUUCAUAAUGUGGUCUUGCGAUUACUUUGGUCGAAAAGUCAAUAUUCAGUUGGGUGCUUUCUUUUCGAUGUUUGGAGGGGCGCUUCAGGGAGGCGCGAACUCUCUCAAAAUGUUCCAAGCCGGCCGAUUUGUGUGCGGUCUUGGAAUCGGUAUCCUCGUGACAGUUUGUCCCAUGUAUCUGUCCGAGAUGUCGAGUGCUUUCCGCCGUGGUUGGCUGGUCGGCCACCAUGCGAUCUUCCUGGUUUUCGGUUAUAUGCUUGCUGGCUGGGUCGGUUAUGCAUGCUACUUCGCUGAAGGAGAAUUGGGCAGUUUCGGAUGGAGGUUUCCCCUUUGUCUCCAGUGCCUGCCAGCUCUAGUGCUACUUCUCGGAUCACCAUGGCUUCCUCGUUCCCCUCGAUGGCUGAUUUCCAAAGGGAAGCAUGAGGAAGCUAAGAUUGUGCUGCAGAAGCUUCGCCAGUCACCAGAUGAUCCCGACAACCUGGUUGCUAAAGAGGAAUAUUUCCAGACGGCGGAGCAGAUCCGCCUUGAGGCGGAGAGGUUAUCCACUUAUGGUAACGUGUGGAACGCAGUCCUACGGAAGAAGUCGUACAGAAAGCGAAUGGCAAUUGGCUUCCUUACUCAAUGGGGCGCUGAAUUCGGCGGACCAUUGAUCAUUAACAACUACGCAGUCAUUCUAUACACCAACCUUGGAAUGACCGGGGGCAUGCCUUUGCUUCUUAGUGCUGUUUGGCUAACUACAGCUGGUCUUAUAUACAAUCCUCUUGGCGCCUGGCUUCACGAUAAGGUCAACUCACGUCGUGGCAUGUACAUCACUGGCUUUGUUGGCAUCGUCAUCUCCACCUCAUGUUUGGCUGCUAUGACCGCUGAAUAUGCAGGCACCACGAACAGGGUUGGAAAUGGGUUUGGAAUUUUCUUCAUUUACCUCUACCUGGCAUUCCAAGGAACCUUCUGCGACACUACCAUGUAUCUCUACGUCUCGGAGAUUUUCCCGACCGAGAUCCGCCCAAUUGGCAUGGGGUUCUCGCUUUUCGGUCAAUUUGCGGCCACCCUCAUUUUACUGCAGACCGCCCCUAUGGGUUUCAACAAUGCUGGCUGGAAAUACUAUCUAGUUAUCAUCUGCUGGUCCGUUGUUUUCAUUCCAGUGAUCUAUUACUUCUUCCCCGAGACUGCGCGAUUGACACUCGAGGAAAUCGCAAAGAACUUUGGAGAAGAGGUCGCUGUUCACGUCACUGAUGCGACCGACGAGGAGAAGGCCCAGCUCGAUCGGGACCUCGCCGUAAGAUCAGACAGCUCUGAGCCUACCGGAUCUGUCAAGGGUGCUGAAGGUGGUAGCAAGUCAGUAACAGAGGGAGUCCACGAGGCGCCAAGGAUUUAA